AGACAUGCAGCAGAUGAAGGAGAAUUUGACGGCCCAGGUGAAUGAGACUCUAGCCAAUCAGCUGUCUCUGGAGGAGGAGUCUGCUGAGAUUAUGGUUGCCUUUGUUAACCUCACAUCCUCCAUAUUGGAGCUGUCCAAAAAUAUGCCCAACCCCAUAUCAGGAACCAACCAAUCAGACCCCAGCCUCAGAUCGGGUGCCAACCAAACAGAGGGUGUUGAGCUGAGCAACAGGACAUCUGAGCUGGCGUUCCAUGUCCAGUCUAAAGAAGAACUGGCCAGUAAGAUCAGAGAGGAGAUGGAGCCUCGAAUACAGACCGCCCACAACAACAUUGCUGCCGUACAGGACAUGCACAAGCUGACAGUUCAAGCCCAGGGGUCAAAGGUCAUUGCCCUGUCAUCGGUGGUGACAGGGAAGGAAGUGGAGUCAAAGGCCGUUACCCUGCGGAGAGAACUGGAAGACAUGCAGAGAGAGUGGCCUCAAAGGCAGGCCCAGACGAACGCUGCUCUGAAGAGGGAGAGGCUGCUGAGGGAGAAGGUUCUGGAAGACGUCAGUAAGAAGGUGAACCAGACCAAGCGAGUCCUUAGGCCUGCCUUGGAGAGCGCUACCCUCUCCAACGCUACCGCACAACAGGCAAAACACACCGCAAACGCCCUGUCUAAAGAAGCCAAGGCCACCCUAACCCAGGGCAAGCACACAAGGACAUUGUCUGCCCAGCUCAGCUCAUCUGUAGACAUAACCCUGCAGCAGCUGGCUGAGCAGGAGAACCACACUGUUCACGCACAAACCCAGCUAAACGCAGAGCCUGUAGUGUCUCUGGCCAGUGUAAAGGUGAACAUCCAGACAGCUAAGCUUCAGCUUGAGGCCUACUCCCUCACACUCACCCAGCUCGUCAGUAAAAUAGAUGGGAGUGUGGCGAUGGAACGGUUUGAACGUAUACUGAGUGAGACGGCGGUGCGGUUGAGUGUUCUGCGUGGCAGCGUGGAGAGCCCGGCCCUGAACGGGAAGAUCCAGACCCUACGAUCAGCCGCCCAGGACCAGAAGAGCCAGCUGACCCACCUUGAACAGGACCUUCAGGAGAUCAGACAGGAGAGAGACAGUCUGAAGGACAUUGCCCUGCACCUGCCCCAGACCUGCCCUCAGGCCUCGGGGAUAGAGGGACACUAGGAUCGGGGCACCAGGAGGACACUAGAGCCCUAUUCCAUGCAUUCUACCGCCUUCCUGGUGUAUACACACUCGUUCACACCACUUCAAUGAUUUAAAAGAGAGGUCCUACCAUGUUUCUUAGACCAGAAUAAUUUUAAUUGGGCAUAGGAAGGUAAAGAGAGGACUAGUAGGGCCACAGAUGGUGGAUAGGACACUGGUGUUUGAAUUAUUUAGGGGAGAUAAUAACUGAGUCCCAAAUUGCACCCUAUUCAAUAUAGUGCACUACUUUUGACCAGGGCCCAUAGGGCAAAAGUAUUGCACUGUAUAGGUAUUAGGGUGCCGUUUGGGACACAGCCGUAGAUGAGGAGUGUAGGUGGAAUCAUCCAGGUAUCCUUCUUAGUUUGUUCUUCAGUACUGUGGUUGUGGUUGUGCAUCCCCCUUUGCUGCAGUACAGUCACACAGUUCUACCACUUUGUCUCUGUACUUUUCAAACGUUCACCUAUAGUAUACUGACCUGGCUGAUACCGUCAGUAGCACUAAAUCAAAUCAAAUCGUAUUGGUCAUAUACACAUAUUUAGCAGAUAUGCAGCCAUAAGCAGUUUCCCAUGCCAUUGCCCCCUUUCAACUUCCACCAUCAUUAUCACGUUCUUUCUUUUAAUUCUACCCCUCACUCCUUUUUGGCUUUAACCGUCCUCUCUCCUGUUCUAGCCUCUUAAUCCCCUCUCUCCAUCGCUCCUUCUAAAUCCAUAUCACCCCUGCCCUGUUUCCUUAGUGUUUAUGUUCAUUCUCAUUUCAUUUCCCCCUCCAUAUUUCCAACAACAUUUGAAGUGUAAUUAAUCUGUGAAUAAUAACAGUCAUCUAGCUCCCUGUUCCACAUCCCACAGUGUGUCCUAUCAAGUUUUAAAUAAUGCUGAUUUUCCACUUUGGGGGAAGGAGUGUCUGCGCUGUGGCGCUUCUCCAAUCUGACACAUUCAUUUACACUUGAGUUAUUUUUCAUCAGCCCACCAUAAUUAACAAUUAGUCAUUUUGCCCUCUGUAGGGUUCAGCCUUCUACUGCACAGACACACACACAGACACACACACACACACAUAGUUUGGGAUUCUGCGUGUGCCCCUCGCUUUUCCUCAAUCUUCUUUCUUUUUUUUUUCGCUUUUCUCUAAAACGUUCUACCUCUCUCUUUGUUUCUCUCUCUCUUUCUCUCUCUGAGCAAAUUAUCUUCUCUUGUCUGGCAAAUGGGAAAGGACUAAAACAGCCUAACUGUUUGUUUGUUCUAUGUGGGUACCUGAGGCUGGAAUACCUGCUGAAUUAUGGAAAAUAUAGAAAUGGGACCUCUGCAAAGACGAUGUUCCAUUUCAGCAGGUGAUUGUAUUUUGUCAGAAAACAAAUAGUAUAUGAUUGGUUUUGUGUUUAGAUAAUAGCCAGAAAAAACUGUUGAAAGCAAAAAAUGAAAAUAAAAUGGAUUGUGGGUGUGUGUGUGUGUGUGUGUGUGU